AUGCGUACUUCGAUAAGUUGCUAUAAUCUAUGCUUACAGCCUCACACGUCGAGUGAUAACUCAGCGAACCCACCUCGAGCGAGCGGGCAGUUUUCAAGGCAGCAGGCGAAUUCUCAUCCUGAUCCGAGGCCAACGAACAAAGAUUUUUCGAAUAUGCGUCUUGGUAGUGGUUCUCGGCGGCCUGAGUCGCAGAAAUCUGUUUUCUCAAGGAGUGGUCCCUCUCUGAAUCCACAGUUUUCCGUGCCGAGGUGGAAAGUGGGUGACCAAUGCAAAGCGCCAUGGAAUGAUGGAAUGUAUUAUUUGGCAACGAUCGUGAAUCUUGGACCAGCUGACAUGUGCACUGUUCGGUAUAAUGAUUACGGGAAUAUCGGCACAGUGCCUCAAGCAGUACUGUUAUUUGUCUGA